CACAUAUCCGCUGCGUGUACGAUAUAACCCACUGGCCCUUAAGCGUUGUCAACCGUCCCCAUUCCUUGCGCUUGGGCAGUUGCAUGGCUUCCGGAAAGUCGUUGACGUUAUCCCAAGAGGCUAGUGGGAAAUCAGUAUCAACGCGACUUUCAAACGAAACGAACACGAAACUAGCAACAGCGGGAAAAACUACGCCAACAGUGUAGUUCGAAAGCAAAACACAACCAUUUUCACAAUCGUUUGCAAUCGUACGCUGAAUCAUAUCAACUGUUAGAACAGAGUUCCUGUGCAAUUGAAAUCCUUCCGGAGUGGAACUCCCCUAUACAAAGGUUUAUCAGUUCGAGUAUGCUUUAUAGUAGCCGUACGGCUAAACGCAAUCCUUGCUUACCCACGUCGGUACCGUUGGGAAUCGGUCUGGUGGUUCUGUGCAGCGUUUCCUUUCUGAUCCCGUCAGUCCGAUGUCUGCCAAAGGUGUUUCGGAAUAAUGAAAUCUGCGGAGUGUAUAAUGGGCACCGAGUGUACUUUGAGCUUGGCGAUCAUGGUCAACUACAAGCGACCAAUGUGUCGGUACCUUACAUUCCACGAGCAGCAAACCAAACCGUUGUCCCCAACGUUUGCACACUCGAGCUGGUAACCUGCCCGUCCUGCAAUUUUAAAAUCUCAUUAAGUUACUCGAACUUUCCCGCCAAGUGUUCCGUGCAUAAUGAACCGCCCUGCCGGUGCGAUUAUCUCGAGUUUACUGAGCCACCGUUCGAUUCGACGGAACACACCGGUCGGCGAAACUGUGGCCAUGAUGUUGUCUACCAAACGCAAACCCGUUCGGUGUUGAUCAAGUUCAUCUACUGGAGUAACCAUACGCAUGCAUUUACCUUGGAAUAUGUCGCUGAACGAAACCGUGAAACUAUUCAAGCUAAUCCUGGUCCCGCUCCGAAUCUUACCAGCAUUAACAACUAUCUUCAUCAUCGCAUCAUUACCACGCCCUACUUCCCGUCCUACUAUCCGCGAGACUUCGGAAAGGAAUAUGUGCUCAGCUGCAAUGUCGAGGCUUGUCGGAUCAAUGUCAUCUUCAGCGAUUUUCAGCUGGCCAAAACAUCCACGAUGGAAUUCUACGACUGGAACGGGCAACGGUUGGGUACCGUUUCGGGGGCAAUAUUUCGACCUCCAGUUUUCCAGAGCACUGGACCAUCGAUGAUCAUACGGUUUUACGCAAACGGUGGUUCUGGGCUGGGGUAUCGUGCGCUGGUAUCUUUCCUGCAUGUAGCCAGCUCAUCGGACGAGUCACUCCAUCCGAAUACGAACUGUGGUGGAGUGGUUGAAAACAUUGGUGGCGCCAUUACGAUGAUGAAGAUGCUGGGCAAUGCCAAUGACACCCGGAUAUAUGACUGUGUUUGGUUGCUCAAGCCUCCGAACACGUACGCUCAUCUGAAAACGCAUCUAUCGCUAAAGGUGGACACGUUCGAGAAGCUUGGUCCACAUUCUAUGCUAACCAUCAUUCAAGGUACCACAUCGGAUGGAACGGUGCUUAGUGUGAUGAAAGCGGACACUGCGCUGGCCAAGAAAGAUCUAGUCGUUCCACUAACGUCUGGGUUUUAUGUGCAUCUGAGAGCGUCAUUUGGACACCUUUCACGAUUGGCCUUAGUCUACUCGGGUUUUAGCUAUUUGGAUUGCUACAUGGGGACCGAAUAUCUGUGUCAGAACCGUAAGUGCAUACCGAUACAGCUGCACUGCGAUGGUUUCGACCAUUGCGGUGAUGAUAGUGACGAGCCGGAAAGCUGCGUUCAGGAAUGGUCAACCGAACCGAUGGAUCGUCGCUGGUAUGCGCAUACCCCGAACUACUACUUCCCCAAGAUGGAUCGUUAUCCGGAUCUCCGUACAGCUACCAUCAUCUUCAUUGCGAGCAGCCUUGGUUUGAUCAUGCUGAUAUCGGCCCUUAUCGUGUUGCUCUAUCGUACCGGCAAUCGAGCACGUCAGCAACGGGAACUACAGAGUCAGCUGCAAACUAUUAGUGAGCUGCUAGACAGCAACAAUACCCAUGGCGCGGAGGAGCUAGACGAUCCGCCAGUGUACGAAGCGCCGCCAGACUAUGAUGAGAUCAUUAAAGUUGGCAUGGACGAGGAGAUGAAACGGAAGCGCCGUCGACGAUCGUCCUCAUCAGCUUCCGGUAGACGUAGCCGCAUGAGACGGUCGCGCAGACAAAGCAAUACGUCGGAAGUGAACAAUCCCAUCCUGGAGGUACAGCUGCCCCCGGAAUCGGAAAGCAUUCCGUCGACCAGCGGAUACUCGCUAGGAUUAGGUUCCGGUAUGGGCGAUAAUGGUCCUUCCGAUGGUGAUACCUAUGAGCGAUACUCCGAUGCGGACAUCGAUGAAGAGGAUCGCGAUCUGCGAAUGGCUAAUUGGAGCAACCUGGAGGAGAGUGGCAAUUUCUUCAUCAGCUCCCGCAUACUGGAAACUCCAGCGCCGUCUACGGGCCCGAGCCAGAGCGUCAUCGUCAGUCAUCCCACGUCCAGUCCGCCACCAACGUACGACCAAAGCAAUGCCCGGUUCUUCGCGAUGCAUAGUGCCACCCUGUCAGCGGCCAGCAUUGCGAGCAGCGGUAUGCCGAGCAGCCAUCCGGAAGACACUGUUCCGAUCACGUUCGGAGUAAACUAUCUACCCAGCGCCGUUGGUGGAUCAACGAGUGGCGUUGUUACCGUUGGAGAAUCCACCAUCCCUACUCACCUGCCAACUUCCAGCGCUAUUCCUUUUACUAUUAAUUGUGAUGUUGUGAACAGCGAUCGAAGCACCGGUAACAGUAACAGUAUUAACACCAGUACUACCAGUAAUAAUAUGCCAUCGAGUGGCAACAUCGAACCAGUUACUAGUACUAUACUUCCAACUCCCAUCUGGAACGGUUCCAAUCGUGCAGAGCGUCCGUGGCAAACCUUUGGCGGUAGCUUAGACGAACCAAGGCUGGAUCGUCAACAACAAAAUCCUGUGCCUCCGACUUCCAUGGCACGAAACACGUUCAACUCAUUGGAUAUCGAUCAGAUGCAGGAGAUUGAUGCAUAUUUAUUCGGCUAUGGGAAUGGACCAUCAGACGACCUUGGGGUCUCGACCGGUAGCAGUCAGGAAACGAUCAAUUCCAACCGAACUGUACAAUCUCAACUCACAACUUCGGCUUCGUUUGCACGAAGUUCUUGUCUGUGUGAAACGAAUAGCCCACCUAUCAACCAACCCGCAAGUACCGCCACGUCCUGUGCCCCUACCGCCGUUUCAACCAGUAGUUAUGAUAUGAUUCGCAAAUACUGUCCUGUCUGUCGGGAGCAACAUCUUGCGGAUAGGCAACAGUCAGCCCAAACACCCGCCACCACUACUCAGCCAAGCUCCCUGUACUGCUCAAACUGUAACGGACGUAUCGUAACAGUAGAGUACAUACAAAGGAUGCGAAACAGUACGCUUUCAACCAACGGUACCGAGAGUUUUCUGCAGCAACAACAGCCUCAAUCACCGGCCGGCCCAAGUACCGAUCCGACAGGAUCGAGUGCCUUGGGCAAAGUGUGUACAUGCUUUACCAAGUUCCCAUCGCAAGGUAACAUCACACGGACAGCGUCUGCUGUUGGGAUGUUACUGACAACACGCACCUUCUCGGUGGAUCAACUAGACGAUGGCGCAUUUGCGGGUGGCAGCUUUGGCAACGAUCGACGAAGUGCUCGCAGCUCGUGCAGUGCCGUAUCCAGGUUUGAUGCGUACUUCAAUGAACAUUUCGGAACGACCAACAACGAUCGAAGGGAUGAAACUUAGGCUUUUGUAGCGUAUUACCAACUAUCCUAGCAAUUACCAUAUACAAGUUAUGAGAAUCGUGAUCGAUUUAUAACAACAAAAAAUAUACCUUUAUUGAAUUAGA